UACGUUUUGCCAUCACUAUCGCUGUCAGCAACACGUGCGCCGCGUUAGUUUUGUUUUCUGUUAAAAAUGACUAAAAAACUAACAAUAAAGCGAAAAGUAAAAGAGCCAGAGCCAAAAGAUGAAGUAUCGGACAGUCCCGAAUCUUCCGACAAUGAGGAGGAGGAGGAUCUGUUGCAAGCCGUGAAGGAUCCAGGCGAGGACUCCACCGACGAUGAGGGCAUAGACCAGGAGUAUCAGACAGACAGUAGCGAGGAUCUCGAAUUCGAAAGCGAUGGAGAAGGCAACUAUCUGGGCAGAAAAGGUGCCGAAGGCAGUUCAGGAGACGAUGAGGACGAGAGCGCAGAAGAUGAAGAAGAAGAAAAAGAGGGCGAUGAUGCUAAGAAGUCUGGCAAAAACAAUGACGAAGAGCCUGCCACAACGUCCAAGUCCAUCAAGAAAUCCCAAGAGAAGCCCACCACCAGCAGUAAGAAUGGUGGCGCAUCAGUGGUUCCCGCACGGGAUCCCUCAAAGGUGGAAUACGCCGACUCGGACACCUCUGACGAGGAGGACAUCCGCAAUACGGUUGGCAACAUUCCCAUGCACUGGUAUGACGAAUACAAGCACAUUGGCUACGACUGGGAUGCCAAGAAGAUAAUCAAGCCACCGAAGGGCGAUCAAAUUGAUGACUUCCUGCGUAAGAUCGAGGACCCGAACUUCUGGCGCACUGUCAAGGAUCCAAUGACCGGCCAGGAGGUGUUCCUCACAGAUGCCGACAUUGCUCUCAUCAAGCGCAUCGACUCGAACCGCAUACCCAACCAGGAGCACGACGAGUACGCGCCCUGGAUCGAAUGGUUCACCUCGGAGGUGGAGAAGAUGCCCAUCAAGAAUGUGCCGGACCACAAGCGCUCCUUCCUGCCUUCAGGGUCGGAGAAGAAGAGCGUCUCGCGCAUGGUGCACGCCCUCAAGAUGGGCUGGAUGAAGACCACCGAGGAGGUGGAGCGGGAGAAGCAAGAGAAGCGCGGCCCCAAGUUCUACAUGCUGUGGGAGACGGACACCAGUCGGGAACAUAUGCGACGCAUCCACGACCCCGUGUCAGCGCCCAAGCGCGACCUGCCCGGCCACGCCGAAUCGUACAACCCGCCGCCCGAGUACCUCUUCGAUGAGAAGGAGGCCAAGGAGUGGCACAAGCUGAAGGACGAGCCUCACAGGCGAAAGCUGCACUUUAUGCCGCAGAAAUUCAAGUCGCUGCGUGAGGUGCCCGCCUACUCGCGCUACCUCCGCGAACGCUUCCUGCGCUGCCUUGAUCUGUACUUGUGUCCGCGUGCCAAGCGCGUCAAGCUGAACAUCGAUGCAGAGUACCUCAUCCCCAAGUUGCCUUCACCGCGCGACCUGCAGCCAUUCCCAACCGUCGAGAGUCUGGUCUACCGCGGUCACACCGACCUUGUGCGGUCCGUCAGCGUGGAACCGAAGGGCGAAUACCUCGUAUCCGGCUCCGACGACAAGACGGUCAAGAUUUGGGAAAUUGCCACAGGUCGUUGCAUCCGCACCAUCGAGACCGAGGACGUGGUGCGCUGUGUGGCCUGGUGUCCGAAUGCCAAGCUCUCCAUCAUUGCGGUGGCCACCGGCAGUCGUUUGCUGCUGGUCAACCCGAAGGUGGGUGACAAACUUCUCGUGAAGAAGACAGACGACCUGCUGGCCGAGGCCCCAGUUCUGGACGUCAUCGAGAACGAGCGCAUCAAGACGGCAGUGCAGUGGGCCAAUGCUGAGCCCGCCGAUCAAGAGAAGGGCGUCAGAGUGGUCAUCACCCACUUUAAGCCCAUUCGUCAGGUGACUUGGCAUGGCCGCGGCGACUACCUGGCCACGGUGAUGCCCGAGGGCGCCAAUCGCUCGGCCCUGAUACACCAGCUCUCGAAGCGACGCUCUCAGAUACCCUUCUCGAAGAGCAAGGGCUUGAUCCAGUGCGUGCUCUUCCAUCCGGUGAAGCCGUGCUUCUUUGUGGCGACCCAGCACAAUAUACGCAUCUACGACCUGGUCAAGCAGGAGCUGAUCAAGAAGCUGCUGACCAACUCCAAGUGGAUUUCGGGCAUGUCCAUCCAUCCGAAGGGCGACAAUUUGCUCGUCUCCACGUACGACAAGAAGAUGCUAUGGUUCGAUCUGGACCUGUCCACCAAGCCCUACCAGACCAUGCGCCUCCAUCGCAAUGCCGUGCGCAGUGUGGCCUUCCAUCUGCGGUAUCCGCUCUUUGCCUCUGGCAGCGACGACCAGGCGGUCAUUGUCUCCCACGGAAUGGUCUACAAUGAUCUGCUGCAAAAUCCACUAAUUGUGCCGCUGAAGAAGCUGCAGACACACGAGAAACGCGAGGAGUUCGGCGUACUGGACGUCAACUGGCAUCCCGUCCAGCCCUGGGUCUUCUCCACAGGCGCUGACUGUACCAUCCGCCUUUACACAUAGACGAACAGUAGAGUAGUUGUGCCCUUUCAUGGCGGUUGUGUGAAAUUUCGAUAGUGAAUAUAUUAAUUUUUAAUGGAA